GUGGAGGAGUGGAGAGACGUGGAUCAGUGGGACUUGUUGCAGGUUCACGGGGGGGAGAGUAUCCCGAACGCGGGAGGAGGAUUCUUCGGUCUAUGCAGACAGAAAAUGAGGGACGCGACGCCCUCGGCGGCUCACGGCCGGGUAGUUCGGUGUACAUUACGAAGGAUGGAGACGGGCAUUGGGGGCUCAGAUGCCUCCGAUGCCUGGACUGCCUGACCGCGUGCCGACCGCUGCGGUCAACUUGAGACGCAUCGCUGAAUGGCAGACUGCGUCGGAUUAGAGGGU